UUCGUUUCCUUGAGCACUUGCAUCAACAGAGUGACGCAUCGAGACAUAUGAAAAGCAAAACUUCCCGGCCUAUCCACUUCUCUGUUCGCACGAGCGACAGUGAUUCAGAGAUUCUGUGAGUGAUCGACAUACGUAACCAAGUACACACACAAGUAAUAUUAUUUCAUCAACAAUGAGAACGAAAGUUUAUUACCCUAAGCGAAUUGCUGCUAUAUUUUUGGGCGCGAUACUGUGCGGUAUUAGGUCGGUCGAUGGCUUGGAUAAGAUAAUAAUAGACACAGAUGCCGGAUCGGAUGACGCGGUAGCCAUACUGCUAGCUCUCAAGUCUGAGGCAACCGGACACGAAGUUAUAGCGAUUACUUGCAGUUAUGGAAAUACGGAUGUGGAGAACGUAGUUAACAACGUCUUGAAGAUAUUGACAGUGGCCAACAGAAGCGACAUACCCGUGUACAAAGGAGCGGAGAGAUCGUUCAUGAAUGAGUACAGGUCUAACAAUUACUUCGGUUCCGAUGGUCUGGGGGAUUUCGAAUUCACCCAGGAAAUCAUCGCCAAGGUAGACGAAAGUAAACACGCGGCUGAAGCGCUCAUCGAAUUUGCGAAACGAUAUCCAGGUGAAAUAACACUGGUGAGUCUCGGUCCAUCUACAAACAUCGCCACGGCAAUCGCGUUGGAACCUUCAUUUCUGAAGUAUUUGAAGAACCACACGAUAUUAGGAAGUAGCGUUGCUGGGAUCGGAAACAUUGCACCCAACGUGGAGUUCAAUUUCCAGCAAGAUCCUGAGAGCAAUUAUAUGAUACUGAACAGAACCACGUCGUGCGUCUUGGUCCCUUGGGAAGUGUGCGAAGAUUAUCGAGUACCGCAAGAUUGGAGGACGAAUGUAUUGGGGAAGAUAAAUUCAACUAUCGUGGAUUUUAUAAAUAAAGCGGAACGAAUAAGUUUGGACAAGUGCGACUGGUGGAGCAGUUCAGAUACAAUGGCUAUUGCAACAGUUCUCUGGCCGGAACUGAUAACGAAAUCUGUACUAGCGAACGUGCUUCCUGUGACCGACGGAAUUGCAAGGGGUUCGGUACUCGUGGAUUACAACGGUCUAACCGACAGACCAAAGAACGCGAGGAUAGUACAGUCGUUCAAUGUGACCGCUUUCCAACAAUUGGUGCUAGAAAAAUUUUCUUAAGUUCAAAUUCUAGAACGUAAGGAGUAUAUUAUAAAACGAUUACUUACAUUGAAGAAAUUGGUACUUUUCCUGUCAGCAAACAGUCCUCGGAAACUCUCGGUUCGAUAAAACUGACAAUUGUAAUUCUCCAAUAAAAGAUUCCUGCACUUCUCUAUA